CAAAUAAAUAACAUUAACAUUGGAAGUGAAAGUAGAACUAGGCAGCUCCUCAUGCAGUAAAACAAUAAUAACAACACUCGCCAAGUUGAACCAAUUAUGAACACAGAGGCCAGGCCACGGCAAUACCCGAACGAUGGGCGCCAAGGGACAGGGGACGGCGAUGCGACAAGCGUAUCAAACGAAUUACCAGAUGAUUGGAUCCGUCUAUCGCAAUGGGUGCAUUGUUUUUGUGUUGUUACGUUCGACCUGAAUCUGGGACAGGCGCUCGAAUACGUUUAUCCCGCCGAAUUCAUGCCCAGCGAUCAGGAAGUAAGCAACAUUUGCUACAUGGCUUUCCCAGACUCCAACUCCGGCUGUAUGGGCGACACCAAGUUCCAUAUGCGCCUGCGAGCUUUCCAGCAUACAAAACAUGAAAUGCCCGCCAAUUUGCAAAACUACAAUUUAGACUGUGCGCCAGCCAUGCGCUACGAUACCAGCCACUAUUGGGGCUUUGUCUACUUCCGCCAGAAACGCGAUCCCAAUCUGCCGCGCGGCUAUUUUCAAAAGAGUCUGAUCAUAAUAACGCGACUGCCAUUCUUCAAUCUCUACUACGACGUGCUCGCCCAGCUGGCGCCCAAGUACUUCGAGGAGGGCAACGAGCUGUUGCAUCGCGCCUGCAGUCAAAUCAACAAACAGUGGCCAGCACUGAUGGUCGGACAGACGCUGAAGCUGCCGCUACUCGAUUAUAAUUACCAUAUAUGCAUACCCAAGGCAAGCAGCAGUAGCACUCGCAAGUUAGCUGCGGCAGCAGCAGCAGCAGCAGCAUUGGCGCCGCCAUUGACCGAUGAGCAGCCGGAGGAGCUGCCCAAAUCCGUCAAAGUGCUGGCGUCCGUCAACGAACUGGAGCUGUUCCACAGCCUUAACUAUGUCAUCGACCAUUUGUAUACGCUGUGGGAGCUGGUAAUCACAUCGGAGCCAAUUGUUGUGGUGGGCACCUCGCCAGCCGACUGCUCACACAUGGUGCAGGCUCUGGUUGCCUUGAUAGCCCCGCUGGAAUACUGUGCCGAGGCACGGCCCUACUUUACCAUACACGACAGCGAGUUCAAGGAGUUCACCCAAGAGUGCAAUAAUCGGCCCAUACCAGCCGUAAUACUGGGUGUGACUAAUCCGUUCUUUGUCAAGCUGUUCAAGGAUUGGCCGCACAUGCUGCGCCUGGUGGAUAAUCAGAAGAACAUGCAACAAGAGCUGCAGAAGAACACGCGCAACGCGCCCAGUGCGAGCGCCAAGCCCGCCCAGCCCAGCGGCACCAAUCACAACAUCCUGAAUGGCAGCCUGGGCACAGCUGCUGGGGACAGUUCGACUGCUGGACUGCACACCAAGUACAAGCCAUUCUUGAAGAAGGACAAGACGCUGAUCAAGAAGGUGCUGCUGGGCAUCAAGACCAAGCGGCCGGAGCAUGUGCAGACGGCGUUGAUUAGACGACAUCUGCUGGAGCUGACGCAGAGCUUUAUGAUACCGCUGGAGCGCUAUAUGGCCUCGCUGAUGCCGCUACAAAAGGACAUCAGUCCGUUCAAGUCGGCGCCGAAUGCUAGCUCCUUCAAGCUGGACGAUUUUCUGGCCACGCUCGAGGCAGCCGGACCGCAGUUGACCUCCGCACUGAAGGGCGACUGGAAGGGUCUCUAUCGGCGCUUCGUGCGAUCGCCCAAUUUCCGUGGCUGGUACGAGUCGCGGCACCGAGAGCUGCAACUCACACUGCAGGAUCUGCAGCUGCAGGCGCUAUCUGAGGCGAAUCUGGAGCACUGGGCGCACGACAAGCAGGAGGUGGAAAUAAUUGAUAUGAUACUCAAAUUAAAACAGAAACUGAAUCUCUACAGCGACAAAUCGCAGCUCGAGGGCAAUUCCAACACCGCGCAGCGGCAGAUUCGGGCGCAGAUAGAAUGCAUGAAAGAGUUGCUGCCAUCCGAUCUGAGGAACGUUGUGAAUCUUUGAUCGUUUGUGCAAGGCAUUAGCUAAGUUCCCUCCCACGUCUACAUCCACAUCCGCAUCCAAAUUCCCCUCAACUCCCCUACCUUAUAUAUUUUCUAAAUAUGUUUAUGUGUUUAAAUUAAGGCUAUAAAUUGUUAAAUGAUAUGCAAGAGACAACACACUCUCCGACGAGAGAUAUAGGCACCACUGUAAAAGCUAUAGAUAUAUAUAUAUUUGAUUAUCUC